AUGUAUCAUGUCAUGAAUUCAUCGACGCGCCCAGACACGCUUGCGCAAUACCUCUUGCCGAAACGUCGCCAUUUGGAAACCCUCGAAGACUUGAAGGCCAUCAUCGACGAGUCGAUCCGCGAGAUACAGCGACGUCCGAGUUUCCACAGCCUUGCAGUCUCCCACAGACGCCUGGUGCAGCCAAGCUAUCCUACAUUCAUCAGAUUCUCCGUCCUCCGCAUUGCCCAGAGCAAUUGCUCCGUGGACAGGGUUGUGGAGGCGGCCAGCAACUUUCAUGGCUAUGGAAACUGCAAAGCUACACAUAAUCUUCAUUUUCCGAUUCGAUUGGCGAUAAGUGACGGCCGAAACUGUCCAUUACCCUGGCAAGGCUCUCGCAGCGUGCCGGAUGUGCCUGGCUAUCCGCUAUUUUACACACCGAUUGAUAGCAAGCAGGUCAAGCCACGCCCGUCCGCCGCUCUGUUCUCUUUCAAGCGUAGCGCGGCCCGUGCGAAUGCGGAUACGCCAGGUCCAACUAGGAAGUCAGGCAAGGCGAACACCAAGUACGCAGUCGCAGAACAAGCCUGUGUAAACAGAUCCUCUAGCACCGGCGAUAACCAUAUUGCCUUGUUUGUCAAGGCUUAUCUGGCAUACUUCGAUGCAAUUGCUGCAGCCCUGGAUGGCACUAUACUGCGCCACAAUGCCGACAUCACACAGUUGUCAACACUGAAUAUAGCUGAUCCGCGAUUCUCAAGCCACGUUAUCCGCAAUUUGCCUUCAUCUGAAAUGGUAAAUGUGUGUGGGCAACCGCGCAGGUAUCAAGAGUUCUGGGCAUACUGCUGUCUCCCUGCUCCUGCGGUCUUUGCAUCAGCGCCUUCCAUGGCACAAAUCAAUGCAACGGCUUUCAGCAUGUAUGAGUUGUUGGGCAUGGAAAUGACCUGCGUUUGCGACGUUCCUUUGAAAUUAUCUCCAAAUGGACCAUAUUUUUACGCAAAGCCAAACCUGAUUAUUUCGUAUAUCGAGACCUACGCUCACCAAAACGGCAUUCAAAACCAGCUCAAUGAGGCAUUACAGAUCGCGAUGCUUUGGCCAUGCCUGUUACAAACCGAUGCGCCCGUCACUUUACCAGCAGCACUUCAUGCCACUGAUUGGAUCACCGAAAACUUCACUCCUCCAAAUACCGAUAUCAUAGAGAUCGAUACGCCAUCAGAGGGACUGGUCUCCUCCAAUCCAGCUGUUGUCUUGGCGUCUACUCUCGCUGGUGCUUGGGCUUUGCAGUCACAGCUCUAUGAUUUUAUUGGCAUCAUUAUAUCGGAUCGCCGGUGCUGGGACGUGGGACACUCGGAUCUUGAACGCGCAUCAAAGUGGCUGCAAAGCGUUGCUUCGGAACCUGGCGCUGGGUGGGAUCUGCUAUUUCGCCACCAUUUCGAAACAACGCCAUCGUUUCUGCAACUUACCGGCCUGGAUACGGAAUCCAUCUCCUGGUUCGAGCUUCUAUCCAGGUUUAGCUUGAAAGAAUGGCGAUAUCCGGCACAUUUGCGGUUGCUCCAGCCGUUCUGGACAGCAACGUCUGUAUGCUGUCAGCUACCAUGGGAGAUUGCAUGGCACCCAGACAUCAUCAGUUCGCAAGAACGUAUCACUGCAUCGCCGUCAUUCUCGCGAAAGAUAUUCCCUGCGUUGUCACUGCACGGUGUCGUGACCAUUACAGCAACUAAAAGCUCUCAUGCGCCGCUAGAACUGAUAUCUUCGUGUGGCCUGCGAGUCAUCGCGGAGUUUGAUUGUUACCAAAUGCGAUGGCCGCGACGGAACGGUGCUAUGAUACACCGGGGAUGGCGAAUCCCAUUGCUGUCACAGCCGCUCAGCGUCGACUGGAGCAAGUAA